AGAGAGCAAAAGGAGACGAUUUGAAAAGGAAUUCAGCCAGGGGUACUCGCUUGACAACAUUGGCUCCCCAGUCCAGUCACUUGGGUAGGUCUGGUUAUUUACUGUACUCUCUUUACCGAAUUGGGAAAAACCAAUUGAGCAUCCCACUAUACUUUACUCCGACCGACUACUGGAGCCAUACAUAAGUGAGAGAAACCUCUUCCUGUUCGAGCCUCUGUCAAUUCCAACCAUCGAUCGCUCAAUCCAAGGACUCAACACAAUGACUACCAUGGACUCCAAGGCUCUACCCCAUCCCUACUACCCCCUCAAUGCUCAAAUCCAUGGUUAUGCUCCGAACGAGGCUUCCUUACUCAGUAUCCUCAGUACUGCUAGCGUGGGCGCGGCAGCUUUACUGGGAAUCAUUUUCACCCUGACCAGUAGACUCCGACCAACGCUAAAGAAUGCCGACCGUCUUGCUGUUCUGUGGUUUGCCCUCUCGGGUACGAUUCACUGCUUCUUCGAGGGUUAUUUUAUGAUCAACCAUGCUCGUAUGGCAUCCGCGCAGGACUUUUUCGGUCAGCUAUGGAAGGAAUAUGCUCUGUCGGAUUCGCGAUACAUGACCUCAGAUACCCUUGUCUUAUGUAUGGAGACUAUCACGGUCCUUCUUUGGGGCCCGCUCUGUUAUUUGGUCGCAUACUUGACCCUUUCUCAGCAUCCUCUGCGCCAUCCAUUGCAGAUCAUCGUGUGCAUGAGCCACCUCUAUGGCGAUGCUCUGUACUAUGCGACCAGCUUGUUCGAUCACUACGUUCAUGACCGACCGUACUGCCGCCCGGAGCCUUACUACUUUUGGGUGUACUAUUUCCUCAUGAAUUUCAUCUGGAUUGUGGUUCCAUUCUACUAUCUUUACCAGAGUAUCCGGACAAUAACAGAGGCUCUUAGAGCCGUGGAAAAUACUUCCAAACAGCGCAAGGACCGAUAG